AUCUUUUGGCAAAUGAAUAAACAAUAGAUACUUUCUCUUCUUUCCUAUUAGCGUUAGCUCUGUAGAACAACUCUGCACAUUCCAUUCUUUACCUCUUCCCUGUUCUUCCUCCAUCCUUCCAUUACUUCGCCAAAUUCCACCAACGAUCCUUACAAGUGGUAUCAGAGCCUGUCAUCUGGCAACAAUGGCGUCUAAUACAUCGAGAAUCAUUGUUUUGGAAACUCAAAUGGCGGCUAUCAAGCAGCAGAUGGACUCACGGCACCGGGAUUUGAAGGCCGCCAUUGCUGCUCUUGCGGAUUCGACGAAGGCCUCCAUCGAUGCUCUUACUGAUUCGUUGGAGCAACGGCGGGACGUUUCUAGGGUUCGUUCUCCAUGGCACGCGUCUCCCAAUCAGUUCGCUGAUCCACAGCCGUUCAUUCCGCCGCCGCGUCAAUCGUUGAUUCUGGAUCCUCAUGUGUGGGUUCCUUCUUCCACCGUCUCCGGGCAACUUGCCUCGAUCGCCGACCACCAGGUUCCUUCUCCAACCUUCAAUUUGGUUUCUCCCCUGUCUACAUCAGCACCGAAAUCCCUAAUUCCUUCUGCUGUUUCUUCUCCGAGAAUUCAAGACCCAAAUCCCUCUUCUCCUGAACCACCGCCGUUUGCCUUGCCUUCUUUCCCACCAUCUUUUGCUCUGUUGCCUUCUACUCCAUCAGUUGUUGUAUAUCCAAUUGAUUCUUUUGCUACUCCUGUUGCUUCGUCAACCUCCAACCCUUCACAUCCGUUUCCUCAUAGUAGUGCAGCCAUUAAGGAAAUCAAGAUUGAAACUCCCAAAUCUUUCCCUCCUACGCUGCUUUCGUCUUUUUUCCUGCCUUCUCCACCACAAACGAUUUCUACUCUUAAAAUCCAUUCAUUACCCAACUGGGACAUCCACACUUCAUUCACUGGUGAUCCUAAUGACAUAUGUGCACAGAAGAUUGAAUCUUCAGUUUCGCGUGGGGCUAGCAGCAUUUCUGGCAGCUGUGAUAAUUUUGCUAUUCGGGUUUUUCCUACAGUGUUCAGUUCUGGAUUCCAGGACUGCCAUAUUCCAUUGAUGCACUCUAAGUUGAAUUACGGGGUUCGAAUUUGUUGUGGUUAUGGUGGGAACUGUGUAGCUCCUACAAGGAGAGAAAAAUACCCUUUGUUCAUGGUUCCAUUCGUGGGUUGCAAUAUGGCGAUCUUCAACUCCAGUGUCCAGUAUGGGUUUCAGAUUUUUCCAACAUAUUAUGGGGUUCACCUGAAUUCUCAUACGGGAUGCACUUAUGCUGAUUUUAAGGGCCCUUACAAGGAUUAUGAAGAGCAUGUGGAUGGUGUUGAGCACGUCAAGAGGAAACAAAAUUGUGGGUUGAGUGAGCGAGAUAAUGGUUUGUUUGUUGAAAGCAGUGAACCUGUGAAGGAUUGGGUCAGCAGGGUACGGAGAGAGGGGGUACAUUGUGCUGCAGGAGAAGGUUGUGCUAAAGUUAGUCAGCAGGGUAAUGUUGCAAAUAAGAAUGCAGGGUCUAUUUCAAUUGUUGAAAAUGAGCGAACUUUAGCAGCAACAAAGCUAGCUAAGGAAAGAGUGGAUCAUACUGAUCUCACUUUCUUUGCAUACUUCCUUUGGAACUAUUCUACAGUAAUUAAGUUCGUAAAACCUCAAGAAAGACACUACAAUUCUCAUAUCAGUACUGGGUUGCGGGAGUUGCAACGUCAUUUCUACAGCGGCAGCAUCGAGCAGCUUCCAUUGAAGAAGAGGAUCAUGUUCUUGAAAAUCUGACAUGUGGGGCUCACUUUGUUGUAGUUAGCAGUACGGAUUGCCAUGGGUUGAGCAGUGAUUUUGGGCUGCAGCCAACGCUAGACAAGAGUUUUGUGAUCUUGGAGGAACAUGUUUGCAGAGCUUGCAGUUUGUGGCUGUUGUUGCCCUCCGGCGUUCUUUGGGCUUGCUGAUCAUCUUACUUCCACAGUAGGGACUAUUACUUUUUUGGGUCUAGCUCAAGUUCUCACUAUUUCAAUUGGAGCAUUGGCGGAGCGAGUAUUACAGCAGCAGCACUAGGUCCAAUUCUUCACUAAUAACAUCGUAUGAGCUCA